AUGCUUACUCAACUUUUUAUCAUUUGUUUUCUCCCAACAAUUCUGGCAGCAGAAUUUAUCGGCAUUGCUCGUAGUGAUGUCGUUCGCUCAAAAGAAAUGACACUAGAUGCAUUCAAUCAACAACUCAGUAACUAUUGGACUUCAGAUAAACUCAAAUCGGCAAAAUCAUUAGAUAUCUCAUUAUCUAAAACAAAUAGUAAAUCUCAGCCUAUUAAUAAUGCAGUGUUAACUGGACCUGAAUCAAGUAUUGCAGGUUCACUACCAACAAAUAAUUCUACAAAGAGUAAGAUUAUUUCACCAAAUGGUCGUCAAGUUUAUACAACAGGUCGUGUCUUUUGGCAAGUCGGAACAACACAUUAUACUUGUUCAGCUGCUGUUAUUGUUUCAAAAUCUGGUGACAUGAUUUGUACUGCCGGUCAUUGUGUCUAUGAUACAACUAGCAAAACUUGGUAUAAUCAAAAUAAUUGGGUUUUCGUUCCGGGUUAUAACAAUGGUAAUACUCCGUAUGGAAUAUGGCCUAUGCGACGUGUUACGGCACUUGUAGGAUGGACAAGUCAAAGUGACUACAACUAUGAUGUUGCUAUGGUAGCUGUAUCAACAGUAAAUGGACAACAUCUUCAAGCAUAUGUUGGUUCACAAGGAAUUGGUUUUAACUUUCCACGUUCAGCGUUUACUUAUUCGUUUGGAUACCCGAGUAAUAUCAACUCUGGCCUUACACUACAAAAAUGCUCAGACACAACAAAAAACUCAGCAUAUACACAAAACAAUUACCAUGGGCUAGGAUUAGCAUGUAAUAUGGGUCCUGGAUGUAGUGGAGGUCCAUGGUUACAAAAUGUAGUUGAUUCUACAGGUAUUGGUUAUGUAACAUCCGUCAAUAGUUUUCAGAUAACAACUGUGCCUAAUGUUAUAAAUGGCCCUUAUUUUGAUAUGAACAUAAAGAAUUUAUAUGACAAUUCAACAUCAAUGUAG